CCUCCGCUCAGCUCCCGCGGGUCCCGCCGCCCCCACCCUCCACCUGGCGGCGCGGAGGGGGCUCGCGGCGCGGGGAGCACGCGGGGACGAGUGUGCGGACCCGGUCCUGCUUCUCCCUCGCAAGUGGCGGCGGCUGGACCCUGCUCGCGGCUCCGGGCAUCGGCGCUGCCGGCGGAGGCCCCUCGUCGCGGGCGGGGACCGAGGCUAUUCUGGAGAUCGGCGGCGGCUGAGGCUGGUGCCCAGGAGAGAGAGCCCCGGACGCGCUCUGCUCCUGUCCGUCCCUCUCUUCCUCUCCCUCCGCCUUCCCUCUCUUCUCCACCCCUGCCCCCGGUCCCACUCCUCCUCUCCCUCCUCCUCUCCCUCCUCUCCCUCCUCCUCUCCCUCCUCUCCCUCCUCCCCCCCCUCCUCUUCCUCCUCGCCCAGCUCAGCGAUGCCAGCCUGUGUCGUGUAAGCGGAUUGGCGUUGCAAUGGCAACUGAUGGAAUGGGGGAAGGCAAGACAGCAGGGCUGGGGGCUCCGGACUGCUGGCGGGCGGGCCGCUGCGGCUGCCUGAUGCUCCUCCGGGAACCUUCGCGAGUUACUUUGUAAAGACGAACCCCGGCGAGGAACCCUCUGCUCCGUGCCCCGAGCCAGAAGCCACUUCCUGUUCCUCGGCCGCCCGCGCCCGGCUCGCCGCUCCGCACCGGCCCCGGCCCGCGCCCGCCCGCCGCCCAGCGCGCCGCCGCCGCCGCGGAGCUGCGCCCGCGCCCCGAACACUUCCCUCCGCUCCCCUUCCCGCCGCCCCGGCCCCCCAGCGUCUGCGAUCUUCCCAGGCGCCCGUGUGAGCGGCUGCAUGUGAGUGUGCCAGGUGUUGUGUGGGGGUGUGUUUGUGUGUGCGUGCAUGAGCGCGGGGCGUGCGGGGCUGCCGCGCUCCGCUCCCGGCCGCCGCCGGGGAAGGACGGACGGACGGCGCCGCCUCGGGCGGCCGGGCGGCGGGCACGUCGGCGCAGCCCGGGAGCCAGAGGAGCGCGCCCGCCCGGCCGCCAGCCCCCGGAAGGUCCCGCCGCGUCCCCCCCGGGCUGGACAUGUUCAUGUUCACGUGAAGAUGGAUUUGGUGUACGGUCUCGUGUGGCUGCUGACAGUCGUCCUGGAGGGGAUCUCCGGCCAAGGAGUGUACGCUCCCCCAACGGUUCGUAUUGUGCACUCAGGGUUGGCCUGUAAUAUUGAGGAGGAGCGCUACUCUGAAAGAGUCUACACUAUAAGAGAAGGAGAAACCCUAGAAUUGACCUGUUUGGUCACUGGACACCCACGUCCACAGAUCAGGUGGACCAAAACAGCAGGAAGUGCCUCUGACAGAUUCCAAGACUCAAGUGUCUUCAAUGAGACUUUAAGGAUUACAAAUAUUCAGCGAAACCAAGGAGGCCGGUAUUACUGUAAAGCAGAAAAUGGCUUGGGGUCCCCAGCGAUAAAGUCAAUCAGAGUGGAUGUGUACUAUUUGGAUGACCCUAUAGUAACUGUUCAUCAAAGUAUAGGUGAAGCUAAAGAACAGUUUUACUAUGAAAGAACAGUAUUCCUCAGGUGUGUUGCCAAUUCCAAUCCACCUGUUCGGUACAGCUGGAGGCGUGGCCAGGAAGUGUUACUACAAGGAUCUGAUAAAGGAGUGGAGAUUUAUGAACCCUUCUUUACCCAGGGUGAAACAAAGAUCUUAAAAUUAAAGAAUCUUCGACCUCAGGACUAUGCUAAUUAUAGCUGCAUUGCGUCAGUGAGGAAUGUAUGUAAUAUUCCUGAUAAGAUGGUAUCAUUUAGACUUUCCAAUAAAACAGCAUCUCCGUCAAUUAAACUCUUGGUGGAUGACCCUAUAGUUGUAAAUCCUGGAGAGGCUAUAACAUUAGUGUGUGUUACGACAGGAGGACAACCUGCACCGACGCUCAGCUGGGCCAGGUCCUUUGGGCCUCUGUCUGACAAGACUAUUCUGCAUGGAGGAACUUUGACCAUACCUGCCAUCACUUCAGAAGAUGCUGGGACUUACAGCUGCGUUGCCAAUAACAAUGUGGGAAACCCUGCAAAAAAGUCCACCAACAUCAUUGUGAGAGCCUUAAAAAAGGGACGGUUUUGGAUCACACCGGAUCCUUAUCACAAAGAUGACAACAUCCAGAUUGGACGUGAGGUGAAAAUAUCUUGCCAAGUAGAAGCUGUUCCUUCUGAGGAGUUAACAUUUAGUUGGUUUAAAAAUGGUCGUCCAUUAAGAAGCUCUGAGCGGAUGGUUAUUACACAGACUGAUCCAGAUGUGUCUCCAGGAACGACAAACUUGGAUAUCAUUGAUUUAAAAUUCACAGAUUUUGGGACAUACACAUGUGUAGCAUCUCUGAAGGGAGGAGGAAUAGCUGAUAUCAGUAUUGAUGUUAAUAUAUCCAGCAGCACAGUUCCACCCAAUCUGACUGUUCCACAGGAAAAAUCACCUUUGGUCACCAGAGAAGGAGACACAAUAGAACUACAGUGUCAAGUAACUGGAAAACCUAAACCCAUCAUCCUUUGGUCUAGAGCGGAUAAAGAAGUUGCAAUGCCUGAUGGGUCAAUGCAAAUGGAGAGUUAUGAUGGAACACUGAGGAUUGUGAAUGUAUCUAGGGAAAUGUCAGGAAUGUACAGAUGUCAGACCAGCCAAUACAAUGGAUUUAAUGUGAAACCAAGAGAAGCUUUGGUGCAGCUCAUUGUUCAGUAUCCUCCUGCUGUGGAACCAGCGUUUUUGGAAAUCCGUCAAGGACAAGAGCGAAGUGUCACUAUGAGCUGCCGGGUUCUGAGAGCCUAUCCCAUACGGGUACUGACCUAUGAGUGGCGCUUAGGCAACAAAUUAUUGCGGACAGGUCAGUUUGACUCUCAAGAGUACACAGAGUAUCCGGUGAAGAGUCUUUCCAAUGAAAACUAUGGGGUUUAUAACUGUAGCAUCAUAAAUGAAGCUGGAGCGGGGAGAUGCAGCUUUCUUGUUACAGGAAAGGCCUAUGCUCCAGAAUUCUAUUAUGAUACCUACAAUCCUGUGUGGCAAAACAGACACCGUGUUUAUUCCUAUAGUCUACAGUGGACACAAAUGAAUCCUGAUGCAGUGGAUCGGAUUGUGGCAUACCGGCUGGGUAUUAGGCAGGCUGGACAACAGCGUUGGUGGGAACAAGAGAUUAAAAUAAAUGGAAAUAUUCAAAAGGGAGAAUUAAUUACAUAUAAUUUGACUGAGCUAAUUAAACCAGAGGCUUAUGAAGUCCGACUAACACCUCUCACCAAAUUUGGCGAAGGAGAUUCAACAAUUCGUGUCAUCAAGUACAGUGCUCCUGUUAAUCCUCAUUUAAGAGAAUUUCAUUGUGGAUUUGAAGAUGGUAACAUUUGUUUGUUCACACAAGAUGAUACAGAUAAUUUUGACUGGACAAAGCAAAGUACUGCAACAAGAAAUACAAAAUAUACUCCAAAUACAGGACCUAAUGCUGAUCGUAGUGGCUCUAAAGAAGGUUUUUAUAUGUAUAUUGAGACAUCGCGACCAAGAUUGGAAGGCGAAAAGGCUCGACUCCUCAGCCCGGUCUUCAGCAUAGCUCCCAAAAACCCGUAUGGACCCACAAACACUGCGUAUUGCUUCAGCUUCUUUUAUCACAUGUACGGACAACAUAUAGGUGUUUUGAAUGUUUAUCUACGUUUGAAAGGGCAGACAACAAUGGAGAAUCCACUAUGGUCUUCAAGUGGGAAUAAAGGACAACGAUGGAAUGAGGCUCAUGUCAAUAUAUAUCCAAUUACUUCAUUUCAGCUCAUUUUUGAAGGUAUUCGAGGCCCGGGCAUAGAAGGUGACAUUGCCAUUGAUGAUGUAUCAAUUGCAGAAGGAGAAUGUGCAAAACAAGACCUAACGACUAAGAAUUCCGUUGAUGGUGCUGCUGGAAUUUUAGUACAUAUAUGGCUUUUUCCAGUUAUUGUCCUCAUCUCUAUCCUGAGUCCUCGAAGGUGACCUUACUCUGGCAGAGGCUAUAAAAGAUUCACCAGGCACUGGCAUGAAGAGUCUUUGUAAAUGGACAUUGAAAAAACAAACUACCAAAGAUUCCUCCACUGACUACUGACUCAAAAAUAAAAUAAUAAAAACAAAUUUUUUAAGCACUGGGGAUAAAAGAUGUCACGGAAGUAUAAGUUAUUCCAAACUGCAUAUACAAGAUAGUGUUGACCUGAGUAGAGAAGAGACAGACCUUCAGGUGCUUUUGUGGCUAAAACGAUUACAGUGUCAUCUGGUCAUCUGGUUGAACUCUGGGGGGAAAAAAAGAGCUAUAGAAAUUCUUGUCAAAGCACAAAGUCUUGGCUGGUUUUGUUUCAAAUGAAUAGUUUGCUUGUUACCAUGGAAACAUAAUGGCCUGCCAACAAAAACCUCACUGUAAACAGGGUACGUGAAGAGCUGGCAUUUAUUUUCCUUUGGAAAAGCUUUUACGUAGAGAAUUCAAUAAAUGUAGGCCCUUUUACCUUUGGUUGUUACCCUUCCUUGAAAAGAACCUGAACUCAGAAUUAUUUAAAACAUUCAUCCUCCCCGCCUAUCCCCAUAUGACCUUUAUAAUUUGUCUUUGUUUUCCUCAUUCUCCUCCCAUGGCUAAGCUAGAUAACUGUGUGCUGUCUCUUUUUGCAUGCACUGCUAUCCAGGAUGGUCCACCUGGGCUUACAAACACACAGGCUUAUCCAGUUUGCGCGGCCACUUGAGCACCCAAACUGUCAUCUGUUCCAGUGAAGAAACCAAACCACCAUCUUUUAUAAAUUGCCAUGGAAACUAAGUGCCUUCAAUGAAACAAGCCUGAAUAAUUUCCAGCUCAGAAGCUUGCACUGCUAAGAGUGGUUUGUGUAAAACUAUUUUAUAAACAAACUGCAGAGCCUAAACGUGCAAAUUACAGGCAAGACAACAAAGCCGCUUCUGAGGAAGAAAGGACCGAAGCUGCUGCGUGAGCCCGAGCCGAGCCGAGGAGACGCCUGUCUGACCAGACAGCCACGGCCUUCCAGCUUACUGUCCAUUAGCAAGUACCGUCCACUGAGACCAGACGAGGGAGCAACUUUUUUUCUUCCAGGUUAUUCAAUGGGUCAACCAGAGCAGAAGGUUAAGAUAAUACUCAGCGCAAGAGUGAUUUUUUACUCUAACCUCCAUUUGAAGUGAAAUUGGCCCUAGCUUUAGAGGGAACAAGAAAAUGUUUGUGAUUUCAGUGCAUACAAACUCUACAGCGGAACUGGGCCUGAAAAAUCUGGCUUUAUUCUAAACACUGAGGGUAACAUGCCUCUGCCCUUAAGUCAGACUCUGUGCAAAUUGUGAAAUAUUAUUUUAUUAUUUUACAAAGAUUAAAAAACACUUUUACAGAAAAAAAAGUAAAAACCUGUAAAAAUGAUUUUGAGCUACCUGAGGAUAAAUCAUACCUUUAACCAGCCAGUUUUCCAAUGCAUUGUAAAUUUCACUUAAACUUGUUGGUAUGAAAAUUUGAAGAUCUCUUUCCUUAAAUUAUCUCAGCUUUUAACUUCAUUUAAGACUUUUGUCUAAAGAAGAAUAGUAUUAUUGUUAUUAUGUUCUAUCAACACCCCGGGAUUUAAAAACUGGUUAUGCAAGUAAUUGGGAUAUAAGUAUUAAAUUAUAACAUUUGCAAAUAUUAAUAUAAAAAGCACAACAAAAUGUAGUGGGAAAUGACACAGCUUGAUUUUUUUAAGUCUAUAGAAAUGUUUGUGCAAAUUCAGUAAUUCACCUUAAAAGAUAACUUUACAGCUAUGUUCAAUAAAGCCUCUUUCCAGGUAAGGUAUGAAAAGCAGUAUGUGUGUUUGUUGAGCAAUGUUCACUUAUCACCAAAAUGAGAAUAGCUAUAUAAUUUAUCUGUUAUGUCACCAUAGCAUAAACCUUCAGUGCUUCAUGUAACUUAAUGUUUACAGGAAGAAAUUUUAAUAGGAACUCCUUGAUGCACUUUCCCACUUUUGUCAUACAUGUUUAAAAAAAAAAAAAAGCCAAAUCUUUGAAAGUAAAACAUGAAACAAAUAUGAACUUGGAAUUUAAUGUGUAUUUUCAUAGUUAAAGAAGGGACUAGUUUGAAAGUAGUGAUAGAAUUGAGCUAAGCCAAACCCUUUAAAUUAAAAUAGAUAAACAAAAAAAAAGAAUUUCAUGACUUAUUUGAACAAAUCAGGCAUAUUGUUGUGUUGCUUUUUUUCAAAAUUAGAGUUACGCCAAAGAUAUAAGUAACAUUUGAGGCACUUAGCUUAAUGUAUACUAAAUUUUCCUUCGUUUUGCCUUCCAUCUUGUGUGGCAACUAUCUUCUUUUCUCCAUUAUCCCGUAUUAGUAGAUGAUCUUUUUUAUUGAUUUUCUGCUCACUCAUUGCUGGUAAUAUCAAUAAAAAGGUUUUAGAUCUAAACAGAGGCUUAACUCAUUGCUGCCUUCUUUCCUUAAACUUUUAUUUGAGUGAGGAUUUUACAAAAAAUAAAAAAAUACAUUCAAAAUAUUUGGAUAUACAUAUGUCAUUUUCAGGAAAACAAGUCUCUUUUUCUCCCAAGUAAAUCUACACAAAGAAAUAGCUGUAACUAAAAGUUUCAAUCCUACUAUUAAACAUUAAUAAGGUCUUAAGACUUUAUUACCUUUCACAGUGUAAAAAUACACAAGGCUUCAGAAGUUCAUGAGAACUGGCUGGUACUUCAAAAUUAAUUAUGAUUAAAAUUUUAAGAAAUUCCUGAUGAGUGCCAACAACAAAGGGCAAUCAGAAUUGCAAAGCAAUUAUAUUUAUUGAUAUGGUAACAAAGUAUAUAUCUCAAGUGGGUUCUGGAUCAUUUAUGUAAACCAAUAAACAGAAUUAGAAUCAUUGUUUUUCACUCCAGAUCAAAUGUUUCAUUGCUUUAAUUGAAAGUCAAUGGAUAAAAUGCAGAAAAUUUUUAAUUGGGAUAAGUGAAAUAAAUGUAAAUUGUGUUAAGUAGUCUCUCUUCUUUAAUAUUAGUGAUAAUAAUGACAAUUAACUGUUUACCAACUGCCUUCCUUUUCCUAAUAUUUUUGUGUUUAUUAUAAGUUGAACUUAUUAACAUAUCCCCUCUUUUCUUUUUUAUAACAUAUUUUAAGUGUGAUGGAUGUCAGUCUCUUUUUUUCUUUUUCAGGAAGGCAUCAGGCAGUGGAGAUUUUAAUUUCCAGGAGAAAGAUGUCUACAUAAUCUCCUACUGCCAAUAAUUGACCCUUGAUUAAUUAAGAACAUUACUUUGUUUCCUCAUUUCAAAGACACUUGCUUCUCCACAGUUUAACAUCUCUGCAAUUGGCCUAUUUGAAUUACUAUUGGUGACAUUUCUAUGUAGUGGCAUAUAAAAUUAUACUGCAUCCAAAAACUGAUGACAUUUAGAUAUCAAAAUUCACUAAAGUUUUCAGAAGUCCCAAAUCAUGCCCAAUAUUAUUAUUUUUCAUUAGUAAUAGUGGCCCCAUUUUUGUGAAAUUGAUAUUAAAUACUCAUUGUGCAUUAUUUUAAAAUAGCAUAACUUAUUUUGUGCUUUAUAAUCUGAGUCUUCUAUUAUAUUCUUAUAUUCAAUAUACAUAUUGAAUAUAAGAAUAUAUAGUCAUAUGUUUUUCUAUUUUCUGCUACAUAUUUUUUAGCUCCAUCACGAAUUAUAAUAUGCUAUGUAUCCCUGGUUUAAAAUGUGUUCUUUUUUUCAGUUUCAUGUGCUUAAAUUUUCCUUGAGACUUGAAAGAUCCAUGGUAUAGCACAAUACCAUGAAAUAGGCUAAACUAAUGGUACUUCACAUACAUCACAGAAUUGAUUUUGCAUGGCAAUAAAGUAUGAUAACCACAAUAAUCAGAAUCAUAAAACUGCUAGUCACUUAUAUCAUGUUAUAGAUAGUACAAAUAAUCUCAUUCAUUACUUUCAUAUUUUAAAAUAUGACAAAAUAUGAGUGACAACUGUACUAACUUUUCACCAAACAUGCAUUUUUAUUUUAAAGACAAUAAUAAACUUGUUUGUCAAAAUGUGUAAUUUGAGAACAAUUAAUUUGGUUCGGUACUUGAAAUUGUAUGAAAUGGGCUGUGGUAUUUUUCUUGCUCUCUUUUCUUUGUUUUUGUUGUGGGUUUCUUUGUGUUUUUGUUUUGUUUUUUUAGUGUUUUGAAAGAUGGUGACAAGCUAAUCUGAUUUUAGUAAGCCAUUUCAAAGGAUUCUUUUGAAGGCAUGUUCUUUAUCAAAAAACUCUUUUGUGGUUUUUUGUUUUGUUUUGUUUUUUUAAUGUGCCUUUCAACUAUCAAGGCCUUUCAAGAGACAUGUAAGCUGGAUAAAAUUUACUCUCAGUUCAUUUUUUCCUUGGUUGGUGGCUCCUUACUGAUUGCUCCAUCUGUGUCUCAGCAAAGCAGAAGGUGUACUCUUCUUCAACUGGGCAGUUGAUGUCAAUGAGGAGUUAUUACAUUUUCUGUGAAAACAAGAAAGUCAUAGGGUUCAAUCCCAAACUAUUUUCCUUCCUACAAUGUUCCCUUUGUAGCUAACUAGUUUAAUUAGUUUUCUUAGUGCUUAUUUUUAAAAAGCAAUGUCUCUGGCAUUUUCUACUUCAACUUAGGAGCAAAGCUACCACAGACUGAUCAGACCUUUUUGCAAAUCUGAUAUAAAAAGUUAUUUCCUGAGUAUACUUAAUAUUUAUAAAUAAAUAUGUAUGUUAUUACAUAGAAAAUGUAAGACUUAAAGACUUGAAAUUUUAAUGUGAAAUAUGUCAAUUCAGAAUCAAUCCAUUAUAUGUUUAUGUCUGCUUAGAAACAGAAUUGAAAGUUAAGAGGAAAUAAAUAAUCCAUAUAUUUGUAAAUGGACUACUUAAUUGAAGUUAUUAAUAUAAAACUGAACAAAUUAUGAGUAGUGAUUACACUACCCUGAACCCACAUUGAGUAUAUUAAAAAAAAAGAAUUGGAAUUCAAAAUUUUGUAUAGGGCAGAGGUUAAACUCUGUGUAGAAAAUGAAGUAAGUUUUCUCAAGAGAAUAUUUAUAACUGAUUGAAUUUGAUUUCAAUUGUACUAAUUUCCAUGAGUUGAGCUACAAUGUAUUCAUAGUUUUUAAUGAAAUGAUGGCAAAUUUUAUGAACUAGAGGUUAGCUCAUUAGUUUCAGUUUGUUUUCCUAAAGCUCUUAAUUGUUGUCUUGGAUUUCCAGGAUAUUUUUAUUUCUUGAGUCUCAUCAGUAUAUUUAAGUGUAUAAAUUUAAUCAAAUAUACAUUGUAUUAAAUUUAUAUUGAAUAUUAGAUACAUUUCAGAUCUCAAAGUUUAGAUUUAACUUACUUUUCCUUUGAUAUUUUCCUUUGACUAAAUAGUUUCAGAUAGUUGUAUGUGUUUUUUUUCCCCUUGGAUUUUCUUUCAAUAAAUAAAAUUAUGUUAUAUACUCUAUUAGUGUUUGGGGGACAUUUCUGCUGUCAAUAAAAACUUAAGAUAGAAAUAGAAAGAUAUAUAAAUGCAAUUAUAUUUGCAAAUUAAAAUGAAAAUUCAUAAUUUCUCUCAUUAUUAAAAAGCUUUAGAGACUGAACACUGCAGUGAGACACAAUUAGCCCAUUAAAGAUAUUUGUUGACUUUUGCAUCCUUUGUGAGGGGUCAUUUAUAAGAUUGUAUUAAACAAGUAGGCACUAUAAUAUUCCUGAAUGAACUGUGCUUUAAGAAUUAUGGCUCAGUGUAAUAUAUCUGGUCUUUUACUAGUAUAUGAUAUGUGAAAUAAUUGACUGCAGAUAAAAAGCUCCAAUGUUAUUGAGGAUGGUAGUUUUAAUCACAUAUUUCUUGGGGGCACUAGGCCAAAUGUGGGCUUUCUGAAGGAAAUAAGUAAUACUACUUGACAAUGAUUUGAGUGAACCAAUGUAUAAAUGGAAUCCUGAAAACUAUUUUGCUUAGCCUUGUUUUUCUACUGCCUAUUUAGCUUAGUUUUCUCUUGAUCUUUGGCAUUAUAUCUCUAAGCAUAUUCACAAAAUUGUGAAAAAUGCAAAUGCAAUCAACAUUAACAGACCUAUUAACCAUGUUUAAAUGUUAGCACAGCUGCUCCAUAGACUACCUGGUAAAGUACUGUUUGUUCUCCAUAAGAUGUUUAGUUUGAUAGUAAUAUUAAAGACUUUACCAAUAUUUGA